AUGUCCCCCGCUGCGGGCCAGAGGGAGCAGCAGCCGCUCGGCCGGGCGGCCCCCGAGACGGAGUGCGGCAUCUGCUGCGAGAGCUUCGACGGGCGCGGCCGGCGGCCCAAGGUGCUCGGCUGCCGCCACCAGGUGUGCGCCCGCUGCCUGCGCCGGAUGGUGGAGGCGGGCGGCUCCCCCGGGCGCCUCUGCUGCCCCUUCUGCCGGCAGGAGACGCCCGUGCCGGGCCAGGACGUGGCGCGGCUGCCGGACAACGGGCGCGUCUUGGCGCUGCUCUGCCAGCCCCCGCCGUCCCCGGAGCUGCUGCUGUGCCCCGGCGUGCUGGAGCCCUUCGCGGACGGCAAGCACCGCUCCUCGGACUGCCUGGUCAUCACCCUGCUGGAGGUGCCCGAGGAGGCGGCGGCGGCGGCGGCGGCCCCCGAGGCGCUGGACCUGGUGGACGUGAUGCGCUUCUACCGCUCGCCCAGCCUGGCCUCCUUGCCCUGCCACAGCCCGCUACCCCUCUGCGGGGCCUGCGCCACCCAGCGGCCCGUGCCCCGGUUCCUGCUGGGCCUCCUGGGCCUGGUCUACUUCAGCUCCCUGCCGCUGGGCAUCUACCUGCUGCUGGUGGAGCGGCCCAGCCUGGGCCUGGGCCUGGUCAGCCUGGUGCCCUCCACCCUCCUGCUCUGCAUCUUCUACAGCCUCUGCCAGUGCCUCUGCCAGGACAUCUUCCAAUUGCCCACCUGA